GAUUCUAAUGUUAGGGGACCGAUUCCAUAACUAGCAGACGACCAGGUCUAGCAGACGGCGCAGAGCUAGUCGUCCGCGGGCGCUUCUGACUUUCUUUCAAAAACCAACGAUUGUUGGGAACGACAGAUCGUAUCGUGAACGAAUAAACAGUAAGCGAGAAGUGUAUAUAUCGCGGACCCAGUGAGAAUAUAACGAAAUGGAUCCCGAAGCAUUCCUGGACAUGGCCAAUCAGGUCAUUAAAUUGAAAAUGUUCCCGUACUUCGAUAUUGCACACAGCGUGCUUUGUGCAUUGCACGUCAGAGAAGAUUUAGGACCUGGUGCUCAGGCAUUCUCUCGGAAGCACCCCUUAUCAUGUUGGCUAUCAACAAUGUUGGUAGUCUUCUCGAGCGGUAUGCUAUGCAAUGGUCUCUUAGGGGAACCGAUUCUUGCUCCUUUGAAAAAUACACCACAAGUAGUGGUUGCAACCAUUGUAUGGUACGUGAUAUUUUAUACGCCGUUUGAUAUUGGGUACAAAGUAGCAAAGUUUCUACCAGUAAAAAUAGUGUGCGCUACUAUGAAAGAAAUAUAUAGAUGUAAAAAGGUGUACGACGGAGUGACCCAUGCGGGGAAACUUUAUCCCAAUGCGUAUUUAAUUAUGAUUUUAAUCGGAACUCUGAAAGGAAACGGUGCAGGUUUUACAAAAUUGAUGGAACGCCUCAUACGAGGAGUGUGGACCCCGACUGCGAUGGAAUUCAUGCAACCUAGCUUCCCCACGAAAGCGUCGAUGGUAGCGUCCAUUAUCUUCGUCCUUGAUAAAAAGACUGAUCUCAUAUCGGCACCUCAUGCAUUGGUUUACUUCGGUAUCGUUAUAUUCUUCGUCUACUUCAAGUUGUCGUCUAUUUUGCUCGGGAUCCAUGAUCCGUUCGUGCCGUUCGAGAAUCUGUUCUGCGCGUUGUUCCUCGGAGGUAUUUGGGACUCGUUAGCUAAAUUCCUGGGCCGAGGCCAAGCCAAAGACGAGAAAGCGGAUGCCAAGAAGAAGGACUAAAUCGCUUUUCAAUAGGAUGCUGAACAGUCGUCGCGUUAGCAGCGAUUUGCUAAGGAUUGAUUGACGAUGUGAAUUACGUGAACUAGUCAGACGCAUGUUCAAUUGACCACCGACAAAUUAUAAAAUAUCGGAAGUACAAUAAUUUACUAUUAUACAUAUUUUAAUGACAAGCGAUACUUGUCGAGAUUCGUCAUAUUACGGAGUACACACCAACAGUAUUACAUCUGUUGAAAAAUAGCUUGCCGACCUGAUCAUGUUGUUCUCGUGAUCGAUCAGGUCAUUUUAUCGGAUCAACGUGAUAAAUACUGUUAAAAAACGAAGAAGGAAAUGAUUGUGUGAGCAUCAAAAACGUUUCUCUCGUUGAUCCUUUAAUAUAAUUUGUAUGCACAUGUAUAGGCAUACACGUGAUUUCUUAUCAUAUUUUAACGAUUGAAUUUGAAAGAAAGAAGUUGUCGAGGGAUACGCGCGCGAUAUUUCCUAGGGUAUUGUGCAAUUUUUUAACUGUGCAUGUUAAGAAUUAGAAAAACUGAUAACGCUAAUUAUCAAUUUAUCGCGUGUCCACGUUUACUACGAGAUCUACUCAGGAUAACGAAUUUUUAAUUCUUAAGAUAAUUUUACUGUCUCGAACAAUAAGAUGAGAUCUGAUAAUAAAACGAAAGGAAGACUAAAGCGACGUAUAAUGAAAAUGCAAGAGUAUAAUCAAUAAGAGAUAUCAAAUCUCAUUUUUACUACAUAUUUUAUUACAAUUAGAUAUCGACAGUCGUGAUAAUUACCACGAACACAUACACAUGUAUCGAGUGUUUGCCUUUGACUCAACGAUGUCACCGUAAAUUUAUCACAAAGAUUAAUUAACGUAAUUUUCAUAUAAUAUUCCAAUCGACGGAACGUUAUACAUUUUCAUGUAAUAAAAUGAAGUUUGUUCUUCUA